UGGUUCUACUUAGUUGAGAGUUGCCAUGUUGUUGCGUUUUAGGGGUGUGCUACACCAUCAAAAUAAAAUAAUUUAAUUGAUUACAGGGUAAUGAGCGUGAAUUUGUGAAAAUUAUUGAGUGUUAUACGAGUUUGUUGAUAUCCUGAAUCAGUAGUGUCAAUUUUAAGUCCCCGGAAAGUGAGAAUUUAACACACGUGGAGUGGAAAACAGUAAUAAAGGUGAAUGAUCCAAAUACCUACAUGUGGGCCUGAAAACAGUAGUUCUGCGUGUUAAUAACUAUGAGUGAUUUAUUGUUAGUUAUUAUUUUAACCUAGAUUUGGUUUAAUUUAUCAAUGUGCUAUGCGUGCACAUUUGUUAUUGUUUUGCUCAGUAGUGCUUCCGAGUUUUUUCUUGUGUACAGUGAAGUGCUGUGACUGUCUUGUCGUCAAUCGAGAACGAUCAGUCCAUUCCUUGCGACAAGGGGAGUGAACUUUGAUACAUUCAAUCAGGUUUAGUCGGUUGGUUUUCAAUUCAUAUAAAAUUAAAUAUGUGUAUAUCAUGCGGCCUAAGCAAUAUACCCCAAUUGUGCCGCAAUAUUUCUUAAGUACCAGAGAGAAUCGUAUAAUCGAAGUAUGUUGUGUCCCUCAGAUUGACUGGUUGUUGUUUUUCUGUCUUCGUCUCUCUCGAAACGGAAGUGGCUGUGUCUGUGAAAGCAUAAUAUCGGCUGGCCUUGGAAAGCGGGAGGUUAGUGGCCUUAAGCACGCGGGAUUGUUUACCCAGUGACAGCAUGGAAGUUGGUUGCCAUUAAGGUGGAUCAUCUUAUGUUAACCCCGGCUGGACCAUACAAUCAGCCGUGGGUUGAGAUUCAGAACAACAAGAAGCAGAUACCCUUAUUCCAUUUGUGUAGUCCAUGGCGUGGCACAAGCACGAACACGUAAUGCUCAUGGAUAAAAAUAAACCAAAAAUGCCAGUAGCACCUGGUGGUGGAGGAGACAUGUCUCUUAGUCAAAGGCGGCAUGUUCCUCUCUAUGGCCGCUUAGUAGCUGAAGACACUUUGGGGAUCCCACCCAUGGCAAAUUCCUCAUCCACUGAUAUUCAAGCUAUGCAAGCAAGAAUACCUCCUACCUUUAGGGACUCAUCUUCAGCACCCCUUAGAAAACUUAGUGUUGAUUUAAUCAAGACUUACAAACAUAUAAAUGAAGUGUAUUACGCUAAGAAAAAACGAAGGGCAGCCCAAAUUCAAGGAGAAGAUUCUUCUCAUAAGAAAGAGAGGAAGAUAUACAAUGAUGGUUAUGAUGAUGACAACCAUGAUUACAUAGUGAAAAAUGGUGAAAAGUUCCUGGAGAGAUACGAAAUUGAUUCUCUUAUUGGCAAAGGUUCUUUUGGUCAAGUCGUAAAGGCAUUUGAUCAUGUUGAACAAUGCCAGGUGGCUAUAAAGAUUAUUAAAAAUAAGAAACCCUUUCUUAACCAGGCUCAAAUUGAAGUUAAAUUAUUAGAAAUGAUGAAUAGGGCCGACGUUGAGAAUAAAUAUUACAUAGUUAAAUUAAAAAGACAUUUCAUGUGGAGAAAUCACUUAUGUCUAGUGUUCGAACUAUUAUCUUAUAAUUUAUAUGAUUUACUUCGAAACACCAAUUUCCGUGGUGUAUCAUUGAAUCUCACAAGAAAAUUCGCGCAGCAGCUCUGUACAGCCUUACUCUUUCUUUCUACUCCUGAACUGAAUAUCAUCCAUUGCGAUCUGAAACCAGAAAAUAUUCUACUAUGCAACCCAAAAAGGUCAGCUAUCAAAAUAGUUGAUUUUGGAAGUUCUUGCCAACUUGGUCAAAGGAUAUAUCAAUACAUUCAGUCAAGGUUUUAUAGAUCGCCUGAAGUACUUUUAGGAAUUCCAUAUGAUUUAGCUAUAGAUAUGUGGUCUUUGGGAUGCAUAUUGGUGGAGAUGCAUACAGGAGAACCUUUAUUUAGUGGUGCCAAUGAAAUUGAUCAGAUGAAUAAAAUCGUCGAAGUUCUGGGUAUGCCACCCAAGCAUCUUCUAGAUCAAGCUAAUAAAACAAGAAAAUUUUUUGAAAAAUUACCAGGAGAGAGAAGGUACAUACUGAAAAAGACUAAAGAUGGUAAAAAAUAUAAAAUACCAGGUACCAGAAGACUUCAUGAUAUCUUAGGUGUAGAAACAGGCGGCCCGGGAGGAAGAAGGGCAAACGAAGUCGGUCAUUCGAUGUCUGAUUACUUGAAAUUCAAAGACCUAAUUCUCCGUAUGUUGGAAUAUGACCCUAAAACAAGAAUUACCCCAUAUUAUGCUUUGCAGCACAAUUUCUUUAAGCGUACGUCAGACGAAAGCACAAACACUGCAAAUAGUACGAGUUCCAGUCCCGCAGUCGCUUCUUUGGAUAUGUCUUUGACAAAUUCUGGUAGUCAGCAUGGGUUAAACUUAGCCGGUCGUUCAAAAGAUUUAUCUGAACAAACCUACCUAUCUUCAGCAUACACAUCAAUGGAAUGUGACCCGUCGCCGUCUCGUCACAUACAUCGGCAGCGGUUUCAAUCCUCCAUGUUAAAUCACGGGCCACCAUCCCUUCAGUAUGUACCCUAUCCAACAACUAGAAUGGAAAGCACGCCCCCCAAGCACAAUCCCCCAAACAAGACUAACGAACAAGAAGACAGUCCUAUGGUUUGUGUUCAGCAGAGUCCAGUCGUUAUACACUGAGAUUCAACGUCUCUUCGGCCUUUAUACACAAGCAAGAACUUAGCCAAAAGACUUUAAACUAACUAGAAAAGUAAUUUACAGUGAUUACUUAUUGUGAUUUGUGAUGUUGAAAUAACUGAUAAAUGACAUUUUCCAAUUAGGCAAUAUACGUGUUAAGUGUUGUUCAUGUCGAUUUAAUAUGAAAAUGAGACGAGAAUUUUCGAUAUAAAUGAACUGUUAAAGCGAAGACGUCAGCUUGGAAGUGCUUGCUCCCUUGGCAUUCAGCAAAGCUAAAACUUGUACAUGUUUUAUUAUACAAAAGAUUUUAUUACAUCAUUUAAGUCAGUCAAAUGAAGAGUAAUUUAUGAGGAUUAUUCAAAUAUAUUGAUAAUUAUA